AACAUUAGCAAAUUGUUAAUUUAUUUUUAUUUUAUCAUUAUACUUGAACCAUUAAUUUUUUAUAACUGAAUUGAAUUUAUAAACGUUAAUUUAUGAAUUUUGUUUUUUAUUUAUAGUAGAAUUUGAAAAAGUUGAUUAAUUAAAGCAGAAAUUUACUACCAAGUGAUAUUGCUCAUUGAAAUAAUUAAAUACUUUUAAGUAUGUUUUAUACAAUUACACACGGAUUAUAUACUUUAAGACAAUAUUUUAAAGUACUACAUAGUAUGUAGUUAGUAUAUUGUGGUUGUCAUGUAAAAAAUGAUCAAAUGAUUUUUCCUCUCAAUAAAUAUUUUUACAUUACAUACACAAUUUGAACAAAAAUGAAGCCAAUUAGUCAGAUGAUAGCUGUGAAGACUACUGAGUCUAUUUUUAUUAAACCGUUUUCAUUAUUGUUUAAGCAGGGUGAAAAAGAAAUUAAAUGGGAUUUGAUGGAAAGCCAUGAUGCAGUUUUUGUUAUAAUUUAUAACAGAACCAGAAAUACAUUAGUAUGUGUUAAGCAGUUUAGACCAGCUGUAUAUUAUAAAAGUAUUCCAGAGUUUGACAGACCUAAAGAAGGGCCAAUUGAUACGGUCAAAUACCCACCAUCAAGUGGCUUGACGGUGGAAUUUUGUGCUGGUAUUGUUGAUAAAAACAAAUCUUUAGAAGAAAUAGCCGUUGAUGAAGUGAAAGAAGAAUGUGGUUAUGCGGUCAAAACAUCAGAUUUACAAAAAAUUAUUAGUUGCAAGUCUGGGUUAUCUAUAACUGGAACUAAUCAAACAUUUUUCUACACUGAAGUCACUGAUCAUAUGAAAGUAUCUGAAGGUGGUGGUCUGGCAAGUGAAGGAGAAGAUAUAGAAGUCGUAGAAUAUACAAUACCACAAAUUAAGGACUUUGUUACACAAUCUGAAGUGUUAAAUAGCUCAACUAGUUUUCUCUUUGGAUUAAUGUGGUUUCUAGCAAAUAAAAUUGUCCUCAACACAUGAAUUAAAAAAAUAACAUAUAAUUAAAGAAAAAUAAUUGAGCAGAUAAAUAUGUACAUAUGUAAUUUUUUUUUCUAAAGUAAUAUUUAUUUUACAUUUCGUUGUUAAUUUUGGCAGAAACCCAAGCUAAACCCCAUUUUAAAUUGGUUAGCAUAAAUUUCAAUGCUUUAGUCCAUCCUUCUUCAGAAUUCAAUUGUAUUCUGAAAUAAAAUUGAUAAAAUUUUACAUUUUUAAAGAAUAAAACACUAAAAUAAAAUUAAAUACCGAAUAUUAUAGGUAUUGCCAGUUGCAGAAUCUUCAAUUUUUCCUUUUUCCAUUCGGUAAGGCAAAUGAAAUCCUGAAUUACCUUUUUCUACUUCUUCUUUAAAUUGUUGAAGACAAUCUAAAAAUGCUACCAUAGCUAAAUCAAAUUUUGUGUUCCAUACAAAACGUAUUCCACCUUGGCCAUAUAAUGGUAGUGUCUUUUUUUCACCUAAAACCUAAAGUAUAUAUAUUUAUCAAGUCAAAUAGUUAUAAUUUGAUAUACAUGUAAAUGAAAUUCAAAUCAAUAUAAUUAAACCUCAUUUAAUUUAUAUAAAAAAUUGGUUAAAACAAAAUCUUGACUUCCAUUAAAUCAAUCACUGUCAUAAUUCUUAUAAAUCAAAUUAAAAGAAAAAAUUGUUUGUAUAGAAUUUUGAUUUAUAAAUAUUUAAUAAUUUUAAAUUAACAGUUAAAAAUCUUAACUUAAACAAAAGACAACUAUAUUUGUUUAAAACUAACAAUAACAUUAAACGUAUUGCAAAAAUAAAAACUAAAAUUCUUACACUAAAUGUAGAUUGAAGUUUAUGUUAUUAUGAAUUUCUAAAGAAUAUAUAAGCACCUCAACAUAAGAGUGAUUUCCAUAUGGAACAAGACGAUAUUUGUCAAAUUUCAAGUUCAUGUACCUUGCCAAUGAAACUAGCAAUAAUGUGACCUGACCCCAAGCAGCAUUAAUUUCAGCCCAGUCCACUGGAGCUGAUGGUAACCUUCCAAGUCGUAACUUAUUUAUUGUUCCAAAAUGACCAUGGUGCCAUAUGUGAAAUGUAGCAUUAAAUACAUUUGUUUUUCUAAGUUUAGCUAAUUGUGAUGUAGUGUAACUAAUUUGACAUUCAACACUAAAAUUUAUUAUGUUAAAUUAAAUAAUUUUAAUAAAAUUAAUGAAUAGUUAAUUUA